AUGGCCUCCCAAGGAACAAAGCGACAGUCCUCAUUUGCAGACAGAGUUAAUGUCCCCAGACAGAAUGUCAAGCAUGUCCAUGUUAAUUCUGUUAAACUACAACAAAAGGGGUCCUCCAUUAAGAAGGCAGUGGUCACAAAUCAACAGAAAAGUAAAUCUGAGAAUUUUAACAAAGAUUUAGAAGACAAAUUUCGUCAAAUGCUACAGGGAAACAUGGACAAUCUCCCCAACCUCCCAAGAUCAGUGGCCAGAAUCUUUAUCAGCUCAACAUUUUCAGACAUGAGGGCAGAAAGAAACAUUUUAUCCCGUGAGGUUUUUCCAAAGCUGAAACAGCUAUGUUUGUCCAAGGAUCUAGAUUUUCAGGUGGUGGAUAUGAGGUGGGGUAUUACAGAAGAUUCUCAGAAUGACCACAGUGUGGAGAAAAUCUGUCUUCAAGAAGUAGAGAACUGUCAGAAGUUGUCACUAGGACCCAACUUUGUGGCAAUCAUUGGAGAUAGAUAUGGAUUUCGGCCCAUACCUACAGAGAUACUUCAAGAUGACUUCAAGGUCAUACAAUCAUACGUAACAAAAGAUUUAGAUAUUAAACUGCUCAACACUUGGUAUAAAUUAGAUGAAAAUUGCAGACCUCAACAAUAUAUUCUACAGCCAAUCAGCUCUCAGUUUUCAUUUUUUGCUGACUUUUCCCCGGGAUGUGAUGAACAUCGUGCUAGACAUACAAAAGAAUGGAACACCACCCUCACCAGCUUACAAAAAGUGUUGAGGGAUGCAGCACUAGAAGCUUUUCAUUCCAAGAAAUUUACAGAGGCUCAGGUGCAUGAGUAUUUUUACUCAGUCACAGAGAUAGAAAUCCAAAAGGGCAUUCUGUCGUCUGAAGAUCCAGCAUCACAAACAGCAGUCUUCUGUCGUGAAAUUACAGGCUUCAGUGACUUCGAUGACACUUUGACGAUGCGCUUUAUAGACACUGUCAAAGAAAAUGGGAAGAAUAAUGUUAACUCAGAAGUACGAAAGCUACAAAACGAACUCAAGAAAAAAUUGGAAACAAAAACAAAACUUAGACACAGUCACACUUAUAAGAUUGAUUGGAAUACACAAGGAAUAGGUCCAGAAAUAUGUAAAGAACAUGAAGAGUACUUGAAGAAAUUUUGUAAGGAUUUUUACGAUGAUUUUAGUCAAAUGAUUGAUAAUGCUCUUGACAAAAGAAAAUCACAAAUUCGCCGCAGAGAAUUCCGGAGCCAGUUUCCAGAAAUUCUUCACCACCUUCAUUUUUGCGAAACAAAAUGCAAAACAUUUUGUGGACAGGAAACCAUUUUGAACACAGCGAAAAACUACAUUUUAAAUACCAGCAUGAACAAACCCUUUGUUGUUCACGCCCCAUCUGGAAAUGGCAAAACAUCAGUAAUGGCUAUGAUAAUGAAAAACUUGCGCACCUGGCUAAAAGAUGACAACUUUGUGGGGAUUAUUCGAUUUUUGGGAACGUCUGGACUUUGUCUGAAUGUCUAUGAUGUAUUGGUAAAUUUGGUAAAACAACUUUCCGAUGUAUCAGGGAUACGCAUGGAACCUAUUGGUUACCAAAAAAUGAAAAAUUUGUUAGAGUACUUCCCACGGUUCAUCAGAAGGGUUGCAAACACUUUGAAAAAGCCGGUAAUUAUUCUGCUGGAUUCCAUAGAUCAACUGUCAAGGGAAUACGAUGCACAUAGUAUGAAGUGGCUACCAAUGACGCUACCACCGAAUAUAAAGAUCAUUAUAUCCACACUUCCAAAUGAGUUUGGGAUUCUAGAGAGUAUAAGAGCUUUGUCUCCAGAUUCAAACUAUUACUUAGAAAUAAGUGAUCUUCCACUUCAAACAGGAAAAGAAAUGAUGGAGAAAUACCUAUUACUUCAGAAUCGAUCGCUUUUACAUACCCAAGAAAAGGUAUUGAUGAAUGCAUUUUUGAAAUGCCCAAGUCCCCUCUUCUUGAAAUUAAGCGUAGACGAAGCAAUGAAAUGGAAAUCAUACACCGAAGAGCAUCAUUUGAUUUUGCAAGAAACAGUUCAGGGUGCAAUAAACAAGCUCUUUGACAAUCUUGAAGUGAAAUUUGGACCCGUUGUCACUGGUCAUGCGCUAGGUUACAUCACCAUAGUAAGAGACGGUAUCUCAGAGAAUGAGUUGGAGGAUGUUUUAUCCUGUGAUGACGAAGCUUUAAAUGACGUUUAUCGUUAUCACAAUCCACCAAUAGCUGGUAUUGUAAGAAUACCACCUGUUUUGGUUGCUCGGAUCAAAUACGAUAUUAGAGAAUACCUUGUGGAAAGACUCUCGCAAGACAAAUACACCAUGAACUGGUAUCACAGACAGUUUACUGAGAGUGCAGAAGCCAAAUACUCAUCAGGAGCACAAGGGGAAGUAUUGCAAAGGAAUUUAGCUGAAAUUUUUAUGUGCGAGACGUCUGUGAAACGAGAUAUAACAUUAACCAGGAGAAAAUUGACCAUUUCAAAUGCAGACAGACAAGUGACUGGGCAGCCUGUAUCAGAACAUAACAAAAGAAUGCUAUUUUGUCUUCCAUAUCAUAUUAUUCAUGCAAGAACCUCUAUGUCAUUGCGAACUGCAAAAGAUAAAUGCUUCUGCAAUUUUAAUUUCAUCUACAACAAAUUAGCGGCCUUCUCAGCAGAUGUUUUUGUUAGUGAACUGAAUGAAUUUCUUCAAUUUCAAGAAGAUCAGGAAUUGAAAAAGUUGAGGGACUUCUUUGUUUCAUUAACAAACGACGUAAUCUCACCAAAGAGAUUGGCAAUCAGUCUUCUGGAAUACGUUUCUGUUGAUACUGCAGACAUUUCUCUGCAAAAACUUCUUAGUAAGGCUGAAGAUUUUCUGAAAAAUCAAAGUACGUCUACUUUGAUUCCACUUCAUCCAGGACAGGCUCCUAGAAAAGAUCUUUCAGAAGCUAUCACUAGUACCUUCACUGGGAUUGACAACAUUGUAUCCUUUAGUCAAGGGACAGUUUUGGUGAAAGAUUCACCAAGUCAAAAUGAGGAUGUUGCUAAUUCGUCAUACAAAGUUUAUUUCGAAAACGCUGAGGAACUCAUGGAUGUUGAUGUUCCCUUUAUCAAAAGAGAAGAACAUCAACCCAUUGUUGACAGUGAUGGUCAGUAUGUAAUCUAUACUUCACCAGGUUCUGUGACAUGUCUUAAUUUGAUAGAAAAAUGUCAAAUUGAAAGACAGUUUCAACAUCUAUGCACAGGGGGUUCCAAGCAGGGUAUGGUUUGCAAAAGGAUCAGUGCAAAUACAAAUUAUUUGGCAGUGCUAUUUGAAAAUGGAGUCAUUAUAGAACUGAAGAUCGUUAACUUGGAAGAGAUAAAUAGAUGGUCUUUAAGUGACAAAACAGCAGAUGUACUAGAUAUGAUCAGCACAGAAACCGAACAUCUUUUGGUACUACUUGCAACACAUAAUGGCAGUGAACUUCUGGUUUAUAGCAACGAGACAAAAUAUCCAAAACGAUACUAUUUUGAUUAUCAGCUGUGCAAUAACUGCUGGGGAUUAUCUAAAGCAGAAUGCUUAUUUAGUGUCUUGGGUAACAAAGGAGAGACAACCUGUACAAUAGAAAGUGUCGAUUUCUCCAAAGGAAAAACCAGGACACCGAUUGAUAUCCAAGAUCGAUUGAAGUACAUUUCGUGUUCAGAAUCGACAUCUUUAGUUUGUUGUUGGGGUGAUGAAUGUAACGUUGUUGUUGCUCUUGAUCUGGAAAAAAGAAAAUCAUUGUUCAGGGUAACAGUCAGUAAUCCAGUGACCUGUGCUACACUUUGUGGGGGAUCCUUUGUUUUGAUUGUAGGAGAAGAAGACGGAACCAUUUCAUUGUAUGAUAGUGUGACUGGUAACCCUUGUGCUAGUGUUAAAGCCCAUGAGGGCAAGGUUCAACAACUAGUCAUGCUGGACGAUUUUCUGAUUUCUCACGGGAAGAACAAAAUGUUGGUUUGGUCUUUGAAAUACUUACUUGAGAGUCUACCGAAGGGACAAGAAAAGAAACUUAUUUCCUCUGCUAAGCGGUUACUGGAUCACACUUCAGUCACUUGUAUUGCUUUGCAUUUUGACGAUGACAAGUUUAUUACCAUAGAUGGAAACGGUUUGUUGAAAAUCUGGACAAUUGAUGGGGGAGGCUUUGUGAAAGAAUUCCCGACCGACAUGAAGCCGAGGAAAAUCUUGUGUUUAAAAGAAAUGUGUUGUGUUCUUAGUGAAAACAGGGAACUCAGGGUCUUUAACCUGCAGAAUUCAGAAAGUGCUGAUUUUGAAUUACCAAUAGAUGUUCUAGACAUUGUAAAAGGAACAAACUCAAUGACAUUAUAUACGCUUGGAAUGAAAGGUAAAUAUCUCCUUGUGUCAGUUUUGGACUUGAAACAAAAGACGAUUCGAAAGUCAUUUCCUCUUCAGUCCGUUAUAAAGUUUGAAACUGUGGACAUUUGCCUGAGUCAGAGCGAAAGGUACCUUUGUAUUCGGCUAAAAGUUGUUCCAGAGGAGUUGGAAAAUAUAAAAGCCUCAUCAGAAAAAAGGUCUUUUUCCCCACAAUAUCAUCCAAACAAAUUUGUAGCUGUUGAUUUACAGCAGGAAACUGGAGGACUCAUGCCUUGUGUGAGAAAUUUUAGUCCUGUUCCUCACUUAGGAGAAGUCAUAUGCCCUCAUAUGGGAAAUUCAAUGAUAAUCAACAACAAAGAUUGGGUCAGGUUUUGGGACAUUCCAACAGGAAAAUGCCGCAGAAGAGCAAAAGACAAAGAACAGUCAUCAAAUAAAAGUAACUGGUUUGAGAAUUUUAAAGAUUUCAAAGGACAAAGUAAAGCACUUGCGCAAAGCAAAGAUGGGCGAACAAUGGCUUUAGGAAUGAAAAAUGGUUACGUUUUUAUUUUUGAUGUUACAACAGCUUAUCCAAUUGGGGAAAAGUUACCUAUCACCAAACAUGCAGCACCAGUUAGGCAUGUGGUAUUUUCGACGGACUGUCGUUGGUUAGCGUCAGCAUGUGAAAACAACAAAAUUAAAAUAUGGAACAGUACUACUGCUUCAGAGAUCUUCAGUACCAAAGCACUCGGGGAGGUUCAGGAAAUGAUUUUCUCGAUUGAUUCAAGACAUUUAAUUGUACUGUCUGGCAAACAGUUUUCACGCAUAUUAUUGUACAGAAUACACGCAGGAGACAAUUCGAGGGUGGAUAAAUAACUUGCUUACAAUUACUCAGGGUCACUUGAAAAUCAAAACAUCUUGAUAUAUAUUUUCAUAUCAUUGGUGAUACUUUUUAGAAUUUAUGAAAUUAAUUGUCAUCAUUUCAUGGUCGAUACAGUGACCUUGUCAGCAAAUACAACCUAUCAUUAAGUCAAAAUAAAUGCUGACUGACGUUUUUCAUCCUAUAUUUGAUAGACAAUUAUUUACACACUUAAUUGUCUACGGAUUUUUCCCUUAUUAUUGAAAGUGCGUUAUAAAAUGUUUUUAAAAUAACUUUAUAAGACACAUUAUUAGAUAAGAGACUUAUAUUUUACAAUGAUUUUUUUAAAUUUUACUGCAUAGAUAGAUAGAAGAAGAAAUCUCACUGGAUUCAGGAGAUUUAUCACGGUUCCUUAUUUUCACCCUUUUACUUAAAACUACAUGUAGAAUGUUAACAAUUUCGUCCAUGUAAUAUACUAUGUUUAUUUUAUCGAUAAUGUUGACCUUUUAACCUUCACAUUUGAGCAAGUGGCUUAGAAUUUAUGGGCAUUUUAAUUGUAUAGUGAAUAAAAAAGCUGCAUGUUCAAA